AUGGGGUGGGAGCGCUCUCCCGUCGCGCUCCGGAUGUCGGAGCGCAUCCGCGCGGACCCGCUCGACACGGACGCGUGGCGCAUCCUCCUCGCCGAGGCGGCCCGCCAGCCGCCCGCCGACUUCCGUCCCGUGUUUGAGGCGGCGGUGACGGCGAUGCCCGAGGCGAGUGCGGCGUGGAUGGGCUGGGCCGAGGCGGAGCUCGGCGCGUCCGAGGUGGAGCAGGCGGAGGCGGUCUUCGAGCUCUGCCUCCUCCGCCUGCCGCAGCUGCCGCUCUGGCACCUCUUCCUCAAGUUUGUGCGCGAGCACAAGGUCGCGCAGCUCGAGCGGAGCGCGGCCCGCGCGCAGCUGGUGCCGGCGCUGGAGCUGCUGCUCGAGGCGGUAGGUGCGGACCCGAGCGCGGGGCCGCUCUGGACCGAGUACGUCUCCCUCACCGCCGCCGCCGAGGCGGGCGCCGAGGCGGACGGCGCUCUCGUCUCUGCCGCCGAGCUGUCUGCGACGCGAAAGGCAUACCAGGCGGCACUCACCUCGUGCGCCGCGGGGCUGGACGGGCUGCUGCGCGAGUACGAGGCGUGGGAGACGCGCACCUCCGGCAGCCAGGCCAAGGCGAUGAUGCACGACACGCUCGAAAAGGCGGCCGCCGCCCGCAAGGCGCACUUUCCUCCCGGCGUGGCGACGCCGCGGCUGCUCGCCGCGUGGAGAAAGCUGUGGGCGUACGAGGCGUCCAACGCGCAGCGGCUUGACCCGCCCAAGCUCGCCGCCCGCAUGCGUUUUGCGCUGGCGCAGGGCGCGGCGGCGCUGUGGCGGGCGCCGCAGCUGUGGCACGAGGCUGCGCGCUGGCUCGAGGGGGAGGGGAACGCGCCCGCUGCGCGCGAGGUGCUGCGCUCGCCACAUCGCCACCCCCUCGCUGCUGCUGCCCUCCCCUCUGCCACUCCCUCACUGCUCGCCGCCCUCGCCGCCGCCGCCGCCUUCGCCGCCGCCGCCCUCACCGCCGCCGCCGCCGCGCGAGGUUUCGAGGAGCGGCAGGGCAAGAUGGACGACGCCGCGGCGCUGCUCGACACGCUCGUCGCAAAGGCGCCGUCGGCGGCGGCGCACGCGCACAGCCCGUGGCCAGUGUACGCCGCCGCGGCGCAGCUCGAGUAUAUGUUGGGCGAGGAGCGCGCCGCCGCCGCAGAGACGGGGCGGCGCGUGUACGCGCUGGCGCUGGCCAAGGCGAGCGAGACGGCCCGAGAUGCGGAGGCGAGCGCGCAGGCAAAGGGCGGCAGCGUGCCCGCGGGGCUGGUGCUGUCGUACGCAUCGUACUUGCGGGCGAGCGCAGACUUGCCGAACUUGCGCGCGCCGCCUCGAGCGGGGCGAGAGCUGCUCGAGAGGGGGCUGCUGCUGCUCCCGGCCGCGGAGGCGGCGCAGCUGUGGCCAAUCUACGCGCAGGCGCUCGCGCUCGAGCACUCGUACGAGGGGACCGCGCCGCCGUCGGCCGCGGCGACGCUCGAGAUGGAGGCGGCAGUCGCGGCCCUCUCCUCUCCCGGCGGCGCCCCGAGGCGCGGGACGGCGCCGCAGCUCUCCGCCUGCACAGAGUACACGGGCGUCGAGCACCGCACGCAGGAGAAGGGCGGCGGCGGAGGGGCUUCCUCCGCCGCGUCGGUCCCGAUCCCGCCGCAGCUGGCGUCUUGGCUCGCCGCCUUGCCGCCGCCCUCGCUGCCGCUCUGGCACCUCUUCCUCAAGUUUGUGCGCGAGCACAAGGUCGCGCAGCUCGAGCGGAGCGCGGCCCGCGCACAGCUGGUGCCGGCGCUGGAGCUGCUGCUCGAGGCGGUGGGUGCGGACCCGAGCGCGGGGCCGCUCUGGACCGAGUACGUCUCCCUCACCGCCGCCGCCGAGGCGGGCGCCGAGGCGGACGGCGCUCUCGUCUCUGCCGCCGAGCUGUCUGCGACGCGAAAGGCGUACCAGGCGGCACUCACCUCGUGCGCCGCGGGGCUGGACGGGCUGCUGCGCGAGUACGAGGCGUGGGAGACGCGCACCUCCGGCAGCCAGGCCAAGGCGAUGAUGCACGACACGCUCGAAAAGGCGGCCGCCGCCCGCAAGGCGCACUUUCCUCCCGGCGUGGCGACGCCGCGGCUGCUCGCCGCGUGGAGAAAGCUGUGGGCGUACGAGGCGUCCAACGCGCAGCGGCUUGACCCGCCCAAGCUCGCCGCCCGCAUGCGUUUUGCGCUGGCGCAGGGCGCGGCGGCGCUGUGGCGGGCGCCGCAGCUGUGGCACGAGGCUGCGCGCUGGCUCGAGGGGGAGGGGAACGCGCCCGCUGCGCGCGAGGUCGGGCUCGGCGGCGGCGUCGGCGCCGGCGGUGCGAGCAAGCAGAAGCGCGCCGCCGCCGCCACGCAGGGCGGCGGCCGCCGCGUGCGCGACAUCUACUCGCAGCGAGCCGCCGCGCAAGCUGCGCAGCCGGUGAGCGUGAGGCCGCUGCAGUGCUCGGCGGUCGAGAGGAGGAGCACCGCGCUAGAGGCGCCGUCGCCCUCGAUGAACGCGGAGGUGCGGGCGCACGCGUCCAAAAAGUGGCGCAGCUCGCCCGGCCUCGCCGGCACGGCGACACCCGCCAGGGCCGCGAGCUGCGACAGCGCCGGCAUGUCUUGCAGCGGCGGCGUGGCCGUGAGGAGGACGCGCUGGGCGGCGGGCAGCGCCACGAGCGCCUCGUGGAGCGUCGUGUCCGACGCGAGCUCAUGCGCCUCGUCCAAGAGCAGCAGCCAUGGCGGCGUGCCACCAAUCAGCGAGGGGGCCCGUCUAGCCACCUGCUUGAAGCCCCCCGGGGUGGCGAUCAGGAUCUCGGCCGCCGGGAGGCUGCUCGCCCCGGGCUCGAGGCGCGCGGUGCGGCGGGUCGGCAAAAGCUUCGCCGCCUCGCUCUCCCACUGGUGCACCAAAUGCGCCGGGCAGACCACGAGCGUCCGCGUCGGGGUCUGGCCGGCCAAGUGUACGGCCGCGAGCGCGAGCGCGCAGGCCGUCUUGCCAAAGCCCACCGAGUGGCAGAGCAGCGCCGGAGAGCCCUCGUCGACGCGCGUGUAG